AUGUCAUCCACAAGCCUCACCUGGACUUUGUGCUUCUACUCGGAGCCUGCUAAUAUGAGCGGGCCGGAGUAUAUUGCCGAGACGCAGACCCUGCCGGGAACCCGCAACUACGAGCACAACCGCGUCAAGGUCCCGAUCUGGGACAUCAGAGGAGAGGAGCACAAGUUCAAUCUCGACGAGCACUCCUUCCUGGCCUUGCCGCAGGCCUUCUCCCCGGGCGCAGAGUUCGAGGGCGACGAGGGGAUGGCCCGAAGCUACCUCCCGUGGGUGCGGGACCUCGUCCUCAAGACGGUGGCGGGCUCCACCGGCGUCUUCAUUUUCGACCACACCGUCCGCAGGGCCUCGGCGGCCAAGAGCCCCAGGCGGCAGGUGCGCAAGAUGCACGUCGACCAGUCACCCGGGGGCGCGCUGGGCCGGGCGCGCAGGCACCUCCCGGCGUCGGAGCGCGCGGCCGUCGAGUCCGGUUGCGUCCGGUUCCGCAUCGUCAACGUCUGGCGGCCGCUGGGGCCCGGCGAGGUCGCCGACCACCCCCUCGUGUUCGCCGACUGCCGGACGGUCGCGCAGGAGGACCUGGUGCCCGUGCGGCAGGUCUACCCGGACUACGUCGGCGAGACGUACGCCGUCCGCCACGGGCCCGGCCAGCGCUACCACUACUGGAGCCGCAUGGGCCCCCGCGACGUUCUCCUACUGCAGUGCUUUGACAGCUCCAGGAGCGGGGGCGGCGAUCGUGGUGCCGGAGGGCAGUGCGCGAAUGGGUCUUUCGAGCUCCACGAGCCUCUGGAGGAACCUUGUUUGCGCGAGAGCAUCGAGCCUUCCUUUGCUCCCACUCGGGCCACUCGCUCCAGACUGCGUCCUUUCUGA